CGCGUCUACAUCGGCCGAAUGUACCCGAGCGGACCUCUUCGGGCGUCGUUGGCUGCGCGUGCGCAUCGCGGAUCGCCGCCACCGCGGCCCGCGCGUUCCCGCCGCUCGCCACUUCACCUUCAAACCUUGUACGCGUCGCACAUGGGCAUUCUUUUGUACCUUUAAUUACGAAUAUAAUAAUUGUUAUACAGUCCAUUGCGUUUCUAUCAAGUCAACCUCAUCAGAGCCUUAUCAAACUGGUCCUCUCGCGGAAAAGUACUUGCCCCGUCGUAAUUUUUUUCGUCUUCGAAAACCAACGUCACGGCCGCCGUUUGGAAUUUGAACGUGGCCAGGAAGACAAAGAACAAAGGAGUCGUCCCCGUGGCAGCGUGUUCGCAACAUUGGAAGGAGCUGAAGUCAUUUUCUGGGAGUAUAUUUGCAUAUUUGAACGAACAUCGAGAUGCUUUCCGAAGAAGCUGACAGUGCCGCAUCCUUAGUGGAACGUGAGGACUUCGACCGCCAGUUCUUCAGCCUGGUGGCACUCACGCGCAGCCUGCUCGGUUCUUCGGUGUCCAAUGGUUCGGAGGCGGGCUUCAGAGAUGCUGACUCAGGUGCACAUGUUUCCAAUUCCUUUGUUCGUUUGCCAAAAAUUGAUUUGCCUCAUUUCGACGGAAAUUACCAGUACUGGCUCGAGUUUAGAGACACUUUCGUGUCUUUAAUCCAUGAAAACGAUUGCAUUAAUGACAUAAACAAGUUUCACUACCUACGCGCCUCUCUUCAAGGUAAUGCCGCUUUACUAAUUAAAAAUAUCGAUUUUAAAAAGGACAAUUACAAAAUAGCUUGGGACUUGUUGUGUGAGCGGUACAAUAACAAUCGUUUACUUGUGAACAACCAUUUGCAGGCUUUAUUUGAUGUCGAACCUAUCAGAGGAGAAUCUAGUGCCAGCAUUAGGAAUGUCGUAGAUGUCACAAACAGAAAUAUACGUGCUCUCACAAAUUUAAAACAGCCAACGAAAUAUUGGGACGCAAUAGUUAUUUUUAUUUUAGUUAAAAAAUUAGAUUUAACAACCAGCCGUGACUGGGAGGAGUAUAGAAACAAUAGUAUUUCAGGUGAUCCAACUUUAACUCAAUUUUGUUCAUUUUUAAAUAGAAAAGCUGACUGGUUAGAAUCUGUUGAGAGUAACAAUACUUUAAAUUCAUCAAAUAAUAAAAUAAUUGUAGCUUUAAAUAAUAGUCACCUGUCAAAUAAUUCUAAUACUUCUAAAUUAAAUAAAUUUAAUAGUAAUAUUAAAAAACAAAAUAAAAUUAAUAAUAAAUGUCCUCUCUGCUCCCAGGUACAUACUUUGUACAAAUGCGAAUCUUUUCGAGCUUUAGCUAUUGAAAAUCGCAUACAAAAAGCUAAAGACUUUGAUCUUUGCCUUAACUGCUUAAGGCCAGGACACUCUUCUAAGCAGUGCAAAUUUUCUCAUUGCCGAUAUUGCAAAUUGAAGCACAAUACACUCUUGCAUAUAGAAUCUAGCGAUAAACCACUUUGCAAUCCAUUGCCUACUGCCAAUCAUUCUAUAUCGCCUUCUUCAUCGCAAUCUUCUAAUGUUGUGCUUUCCGCUAAUUCCAUGCAGCUUGCUACAUCUUCGCUUGUUUACCUGUCCACAGCUUUGGUGAACGUGACCAGUGCGACGGGUAAGAAGUACACAGCACGGCUACUGCUGGACAACGGUAGUACGGCGAAUUUUGUUACGCAGAGCUUCGUCGAGAAGCUGGGUUUGUCUCUGCGCGGUACGAGCACCAAGAGUUAGAAAAUUCAUUGAAAACAAUUAUACAUUUCUCACAGCUCGACAUGUUUCCUGAGGAGUAUAAACUUCUAAAGGAUAGUCAAAAAUUGCCACGCAAAAGUAGAUUGCUUCCGUUGACACCCUUCGUAGAUGAGGAUGACCUCAUCCGCGUGGGCGGAAGGCUUUGUAAUUCUUUUUACGAUUUUAAUGUUAGGCAUCCUAUUAUUUUAUGUAGUAAGCACAUUCUUACUAAGCUUAUUUUUCAUAUGCAACAUUUAAAGCUUGCACAUGCUGGUCCACAACUGUUACUGUCACACAUUCGACAGUCAUAUUGGCCGCUAGGUGGUAGAAACUUGUCGCGAUCUACAGUAAAUAAAUGUCUUAAAUGUUAUAGACAUAAAGCUCAAAAUGUACAGCCUAUUAUGGGUCAAUUGCCUUCGUUACGAACUAAUUUAGAAUACCCUUUUUUAAAUAGUUAUGUUGACUUCGCUGGUCCAGUAUUGGUUGCCGAUCGAAAGGGUCGUGGCUGCAAGCUUACAAAAAGUUACAUGUGCAUCUUUGUCUGUGCAGCUGUAAAGGCGGUUCAUCUGGAGCUCGUUUCCGACCUCACUACUGAGGCGUAUAUGGCAGCCUUAAAUCGGUUCGUGGCGCGUCGAGGCAAGCCCCAAAGCAUCACGUCCGAUAACGGGACUAACUUCGUAGGCGCGUGUAACGAGAUUUAUAAAUUUAUAAAUUCCUCAAAUGUUGCAUCUGAAAUGGCGCAGGAGGGAAUAGAGUUUAUUUUUACACCUGCAUACAGCCCACAUUUUAAUUCACUUGCUGAGGCUGCUGUGAAGUCUACAAAAAAACACUUAAAAAGACUUCUUAACCAAACUCAUUUCACCUUUGAAGAACUGGCUACAUGUCUCACUCAUAUUGAGGCUGUAUUGAACUCACGCCCUCUUACACCUCUUUCCUCAGACCCUAAGGAUUUUUGUGUAUUAACACCUGCCCACUUCCUAAUUGGUAGACCACUCUUAUGUGUGCCUUGCUCCCAGGUGACUGACGCCAACAUCUCUCGAUUGGACCGCUGGAAGAGAGUCCAGCACAUCAGAACACAUUUCUGGGGCCGAUUUCACAAUGAGUAUACUUCUCUGCUGCAGGUGAAAACAAAAUGGUUUGCUUCCAGAGGGGAAUUGAAACCAGGGUCCUUGGUCCUCAUCAAAGACAAGAUGGCGCCACCUCUGCUCUGGUCCCUGGGCCGGGUCAUCAAGACCUACCCGGGCGUUGACGGUGUCACGAGGGUCGCAGAGUUGAAGACCAGGAAGGGCACUAUCCGUCGCGCCUUCAACUCUAUCUGUCCGCUCCCAAUAGAUUGAAGACCUGGACGCUUCAACCCGGGGAGGAUGUCGGCGCCUGCGCGUGCGCAUCGCGGAUCGCCGCCACCGCGGCCCGCGCGUUCCCGCCGCUCGCCACUUCACCUUCAAACCUUGUACGCGUCGCACACGGGCAUUCUUUUGUACUAUUUAAUUACGAAUAUAAUAAUUGUUAUACAGUCCA